UGUGAACAGCAGUAUUUUAAGUUUCCACAAACCACGUAGAAUUUUUCCUUUCCUUCCUUCAUUAUUUUUACUGCUGUCGAAACAAUUGAACAUUUCUCAGAACUGGCAUGAAUUUCUAAACUGAUUUCUGACUGAGCUGGUUUCACAAGGAAUCUGCUGGAAGUUAAUGAGGUUAGUUCCAUUAGGAGGGCAAUGUCUGUGUCAGUCAUCUCUGAAGACUCUCCAAGAAGUGAGAAGUCCAAGUUUGUGCACCACAGUUAUAACCCUCGUCACAGAACCUUCCCCCUAACUGUGAAAUUAGAGGACACGGAGGAAAUGUUUACAGUGCCAGGUUGCUACAACACUUUGAAAAUCAGAGAGCUAAAGGAGAUCUUAGAGUUACGAGCUGGAAUACCAAGCAACUUCCAAAGACUUCUAUACCUGGAUGAAGGAGAUCUGCAUGAUGACUCUACACUUCAGUUUAAUGAUAUUGUGCCUGGCGGAAGAAUUACUCUGCGUAUUUGGCAUCAGGAUGGCUGGCGUGACCUAGUGAAAGCAGCAGUGCAGGGCGAUAUUACACAGUUGUUGUCAUUAGGUAUAACUAAAGACAGCAGAUAUACAACUCCUAAUUCUAAACAUAUGAAUGCAGAACAGAAGCAAGCUUGGAUAGCGCAUCGUGCCUUUGUGUCACUCUACAUUGCGGCUCACAGGGGAAAUUUUGAAGCAGUACGGUUUCUUCUGAAGCAUGGGGCAAGUGUUUCUGCUAAAACGCCUGUUGGGAGGACAGCGCUGCAUGCCGCAGCAGCCAUGGGAAGUGCAAACUGCAUCGAUGAACUCCUUUCUCAUGGCUCCCAAAUCCAUCAGCCUGACAACAAGAAGCAAAAUGCUUUGGAUCUAGCAGGUCUUUUCGGACGCAAGAAAAGUGAAAGGCGGCUCUUCCUGUUUCAGUGGAGACAGAGAGCAGCUGGUGUGAAAAUAAAAUCCCACCUUGAUGAGUCCGAACUUUUUGCACAUCAGAAGUUUGAUUCUAAAUUGAAACCAUGGCAUACAGGAUCACAUGCUAAGCUUUACAUGGCUAAUUUACAGAAGCCUGGUGAAUUCCAGGGUACAGCAAUCAAUGCACCUAGGAAUCCUUCUGUCAAGCACUAUGGUUUAGAGAGAAUAGAAAGUCAGUCUAGUGUCAGCACUAAACCAUUAAAAAAAGUUUGUGUUUAGAGUAAAAUUAUACCUCAGCUACUGGAUAGUUUAAGUAAAUUGACAGGCUGCACACUGACCUCUGAAGCUGAAAAUGUCGGGAUUGUACUCCUCACACUGCAAUCAUUUUUUUAUACAUUCCAUUAUUGUGGUUCUACAGAGUUGAUGUGCACAGAGAGUUGCUACCUUUUUUACUUCAACUCCCCCAGUGAUCAUCAAACCCUGCCCUCCUUGCUGCUCUACAGGGCUGUUCAUUUCUCUGAGGGUGAGAGUCCAAUAGCCUAUUUGUUCCACUGGGAUGAAAGUCAAGUUCUCUAGGAGUGGGAGUCAUAAUUACUAGGAACCUGGGAGUUAUAUUUAAAUCCUAAUGUUCCACUGCACAUGCCCAAGGUGUCUGAGAGGUUGCAUGCAAUGGGCUGGUGCAGUAUAUCCACACACCUCUAUCCAUAUGCAAGCAGUGGUUCUCCUACUUGUAGACAGCACCUUUGAGUAAUCACCAGUUUCCAUCAGGGAUUCUACUAAAGAGAGUUUGUCCAGGUAGAUGCCCUGAUCUCCACAACCCCCUCCCCUCCUGAGAGGUGAGCUGGUUUAACUAUGUCAUUCCACUCCUUUGUUAUGCCAGCUUCAAUGGAUCCCGAAAAUGCUAAUCCAUCUCAGGUUACCUGGGUCACAAGACAGGGCUUUACUCCUCUACACCCAUUGGCUAAGGUGAGUAGUCAGUGGUUCACCUGUAUUAUGCAUGACUUGUUCAUGGUCUGUCAAAAAUAACAUACCAUUUGCAAGGGUAUCAUUUUAUAACUAGCCCUGUCCCCAUGUAUUGAUAGUCUAAGGUAAAAGUACAAUAUGGCUUGUCUUUGUUCCUGGCCAAGACUGGAAAUGAACGAAUGACUAAAUAAUAACUGCAAGCACAUUUAGGUCUUGUGUGUCUCUCAUGAAAAUUUCUAAGCUUACUUUAAGCUGUACUCCAGAAUGAUGCCUUGAGAAUAGAAAUGAAAGCAUACUAUCAAAUUAUGAGUGAUGGCCAGUCUUAGGUUGGUCUUUAAUAGAUGGAACAAGUCUAAAAUACUGUUUGUAUAAGAACAAGUACUUGUGUAUAGUAACCACAAAAUCUGACUAUAUAGUUGUGAUGGGGUCACAUAAUUUAUUUUAGGAACAUGUAAUGCAAGAUUAAAAAUAGCCUAGUAUAACCAUUAUUAUUAUUAUUAUUAUUAUUAUGUAUCUCUAAAAGCAAUGCUCUCCUGAUGUUGAGAAAUAGGCCGUUAUUCUUCUUGUCCAAAAAAAGUAGACCUAAUUUAAACCUGCAGCCUUCAUACUGAUAAGACUUACAUGUAUAUGCAUAUAUGCAUGUAAAAUGAAUGCAAUGGCACAAUGUAGCACAUUUUAAAACAUUUUACAUAAGUCUAUAAUAUAUAUAAUAUACAUGCCACUUCAAAACAUUCUCAAACUGUACUCCAUAACAUUUUGCUCAUACUUUCAUUUUUUUAUUGCACACAAACUUUUGUUUGUACAUUGAACUGCUUCUCUACUCUUUAGAACAAAACAUAUUCCA